AUGGAAGAAGCUGGAUCUCUGGAGAUGGGAAUGAAUAACCAGGAUCAGCUGGUGAACAGCAGGUGCAAUGAAUUGUCUGAUACAGCAUUGCAGCAUGCGCAGUCCAACUGCUACGACCUGGAAAAGAGGGGCGCACUGGAAGACGCUGAGUAUAUCACGAAGAACAGAAAGCAUCUGGGGUCCACGUGCUGCUCUCAGGAGUCUCGUGAGGAGACUCCUGGGAGAGAAGAAGCCCGUAGUGAUCCACCUGACGGCCAGCAAGAUCCAGAGAGUGAAAAACACAAAGAGAAAACAUUGGGAAAAGAAGUGCUAUUAUUAAUGCAAGCCUUGAACACACUUUCUACUCCAGAGGAAAAGCUGGCAGCUUUGUGCAAGAAAUAUGCUGAUCUGUUGGAGGAGAGCCGGAAUGUUCAAAAGCAGAUGAAGAUACUGCAGAAGAAGCAAGCACAGGUUGUGAAGGAGAAAGUCCACUUGCAAAGUGAGCAUAGCAAGGCCAUUUUGGCACGUAGCAAACUGGAAUCUCUCUGUCGGGAGCUUCAGCGUCAUAACAAGACCUUGAAGGAAGAAAACAUGCAGCAAGCGCGUGAAGAAGAAGAAAGACGGAAAGAAGCAACUGCACACUUCCAGAUUACGCUGAAUGAAAUUCAGGCUCAACUGGAACAGCAUGGUAUACAUAAUGCCAAGCUCCGUCAGGAAAACGUUGAACUGGGGGAAAAACUGAAGAAGCUCAUUGAGCAGUACGCAUUGCGAGAAGAGCACAUUGAUAAAGUGUUCAAACAUAAAGAACUGCAGCAGCAACUUGUGGAUGCCAAACUUCAGCAAACGACCCAACUUAUUAAAGAAGCAGAGGAAAAACAUCAGCGAGAAAGGGAGUUUCUGCUAAAAGAAGCUACUGAGUCCAGACACAAAUGUGAACAGAUGAAGCAACAGGAAGCUCAGCUGAAACAGCAGCUUUCUCUUUACAUGGAUAAGUUUGAAGAAUUCCAGACCACCAUGGCAAAAAGUAAUGAACUCUUUACAACCUUCAGGCAAGAAAUGGAGAAGAUGACAAAGAAGAUUAAGAAACUUGAAAAGGAAACCAUAGUGUGGCGUACAAAAUGGGAGAACAACAACAAGGCUCUUCUGCAAAUGGCUGAGGAGAAAACAGUAAGAGAUAAAGAAUACAAGGGCUUUCAAAUAAAACUGGAGCGUUUGGAGAAGCUAUGCAGGGCCCUUCAGACAGAAAGGAACGAGCUGAAUGAGAAGGUGGAGGUCCUUAAAGAGCAGGUUUCUCUCCGAGAAGCAGAUGUGGAUCUAGCUGUGCAGGUGUUGCAGUCCUGCACGCUCAAUUCCCACGAGGAGCUGGGAACUCCCACUGACACGGAACCAGGAAUCCAGCCCGAUGUGGAAUCACGUGCGGGAAAUAGUUCCGAAAAGACUGUCUCAACAAGUCCUGUUCCUGGCACUGAAUCUGUAGACUAAAAUGAAGUGUAAACACUGUAUUGAGAGAUAUAUUUUGUGUAUAACUUUCUCUGUUGGUGGUAACUAUUUGGUUUUGUGGUGAAAAUUUUCUUACUUUUUCUACCAUAUCUGUAUUUUCUUAGAACUACUGGACUUAUGUGGUACAGAAAGCUGCAUAGCAGCUUUAAAUAGCUUAAACUAUAAAUUUUCCACAACUGUGU